AUGUCGGAAAACUCGAAUCCCAUGUGCAAAUGCGAAGAGAUUUUUGAAAUUUUCAAGAACGGCAUCGCUGGCUGGCAAGCAUUAUAUCAACUAAUAACAAAAAAUGAGGAAGAAAUAAACACAAUUUAUCAAAAUAUCAAAACAAAUUUGAUAGAUAAACUAAAAAUUCCAUCAGAUUAUGUUAUACGUAGUAUAUCUGAUUUGGUCAUAUAUAGAAAUCGCUAUAUCAAAUCUUUUCUAAAGAUAGCAAAAAACAUUUACGAUGAUUAUCAUCUAACACAAGUAGAUGUUUCAUAUCAUUUUGAUUCUUAUUCCCAUCAAGAAUUUGGAUUUAUUUUCAAUCAAAAUAAUAAAAACUAUAUUGUUUCACAAGACAGCUCAAAAUCAUUCAGAUCAGAUGUACAUGAAGGAUAUACGAUUUUUAAGGCAAUUAUGGAAAAUGAUAAAGAAUCUUUUAUAGAUUUCACAGAAAGAACAGAUUUUGAUGAAUAUUACACAGAAUUAUUUAGUAGUUAUUAUCCAGAUUCAUGGUGUUCGCUUAUAGAAUUGUGCUGUUACUAUGGUGCAGUCUAUUGUUUUAAAUUUCUUAGGACAAAAUUCAAAUCAAGAAUCACUCAAAAAUGCCUUAGAUAUUCAUUUUUGAAAGGAAAUCCAGAAAUAAUGAAUGAAUGUUUGAAGGAACUAAAACCUGAUUUUGAAUGCAUGAAAAAUGCAAUUAUUUCCCACAAUGUUGAUUUCGUCACAUUUUUGAUGAAUGAAAACAACAUAACAAUUGAUUUAGAUACUUGCAGUAGAUACAAUAAUCUUAUGGCAUUUUUUAUAUAUUUGGAUCAAACAAAUGAAAUUAAUGAAUGCUUUAUUAAUUCAAAAUUUUUCUGCAUUCCAUCCCUUUGUGAAUAUUUUAUAAGUCAUGGUGCAAACAUAAAUGUAAAAGAUAAGGCAGGACAAGCCGCAAUUCAUUACUAG